AGUAGUAUAAGGUCAUUAAUGAGCAACUACCCGGGGUCCUCGUCUUGGGAUAAUGCGCCACCUCCUCCUCCCUCAUCAUCAUCAUCAUCCGAAGCCCAAGCUCUCGGUGGGUCGACGGCAGGGCCGCCAGCAGGGUAUAGCAAUGGAGGGGCAGCAAUGGGCGGCUUCGAUGCGGCUCAUGAUGGUGGGCUAGGAUGGGGCUCUGGCGAUCGGAGUGCUAUGUACAACAUGAAUGCUGGAUGGGGUCGACCUAAGCACAAGCAGGAGGUUCGCGAAGGAGAUUGGUUCUGCAAUACUUGUGGUGACCAUCAGUUUGCUCGUAAUGAGUAUUGCCGUAGCUGUGGAGCCCCUAAGGGGGCACCACCACCCGAUCCAGCAACAUUAGAGGCGGAGUAUAUGGCAGCAGCUGCGGCCUAUCAGCUGAUGAGCGCCUAUGGCAUGCCAGCAUACGAUCCUUAUAGUACUAGUGAUACUGCGGGAGGGAUGCCGAUGUGGCCAGCUUGGGGAGGAUGGGGAGGUUGGCCUGGGUAUUACGGCAAGGGGGAAGGUGGUAGUAUUAGUGGUGGUGGACAAACUAGGAGGCCGGGUGACUGGGAUUGCCCUCAAUGUGGCGAUAUGAACUUUGCCUCAAGGCAAGUUUGUCGGAAGUGUGGUACUCCCCACAGCUUUGUUGCCUCGGCCCGUCCGGAUAGUGCUGCUGCUGGUGGUCCGCAUAGUGGUGCUUCCUCGCUGGAACCACCGGCUUUCCCUGACUAUUCUAGAGCACAGGAAUCUCGCCCUAGAUCUCGUAGUCGAAGUCGCGACCGGCGCUUCUGAGGCGUCUAUGUAUUGCGGCUGUUCGCGGUUUGGCUAGCUCCGAGGCACGGUUUUCGGAUAUGUUCAGAAUAUAUAAUGAUAAUACGGGAUUGCUUAUAAGGCUGUAUGUAUUCAUAGUAAAUGAUGCUAAUACUUAUAUGAUUGUUGCUCGUUGCUGCGGCUGUUGACCUCAUCCUCCCGAGAAAUCUGUCAAGUUCGCAACUGUUAAUUUAUACACUGGUUGGUCUACUG